GGCUUUCCUCAUCGCUCCAAAAAUUAGUAGUAGCUGAUCCUUCUCAUUUUCUCAAGAAACAAACAGUUUGUAGUCGCCUUCAUUUUUUUUUUUUUUUUUUUUAUUGUUCUUUCAAAAUGGCUCGCACCAAGCAGACCGCUAGGAAGUCCACCGGAGGCAAGGCGCCGAGGAAGCAACUAGCGACAAAGGCUGCCCGUAAGUCAGCUCCCGCCACUGGAGGAGUGAAGAAGCCCCACCGUUUUAGGCCAGGAACCGUGGCCUUGAGAGAGAUCAGAAAGUACCAGAAGAGCACAGAGCUUCUGAUCAGGAAGUUGCCGUUCCAGAGGUUGGUGAGGGAAAUCGCUCAGGAUUUCAAGACGGAUCUGAGGUUCCAGAGCAGCGCUGUCGCGGCUCUUCAGGAAGCCGCAGAGGCUUACCUUGUCGGACUCUUUGAGGAUACUAACCUCUGCGCCAUUCACGCCAAGAGAGUAACUAUAAUGCCCAAGGAUAUUCAGCUUGCUAGAAGGAUCAGAGGAGAGAGGGCUUAAGUUUUUUAUGUAUGUCUUGAUUUUCUCGACCACGCUUGUUUGGUGGGUGUAAUGGAAAUGUAAACCAUUUGAAAUGUGAUGAAUGCAAAUUAUAAUAA